ACACGGAGCCCUAAUUUGAUCUCCUCUCCUCUUCCGCCGCCAACUUGAGAAAAAACACAAAGAUAUAUCUUUCCAUCUCUUGGAGGAGGAAGUAGACCAAUCUAUUUCCUCAAGAACUCAUUUUGGUGGAAUGAUUUUUGGAAAAUCAAAAAGGUUAUCUUCUCAAGCAAUUACAAUUUGUCGGAAUGGGCGGUAUUGGAAAAUCAAAGAGGCUCCCUCUGGGCCCUCUCAAGCCCAACUGCCGCCGUGCUCUCCACGGCCGUCAGCUACCAACGGCCAGGGACCAGGGUUACACAAUACACACCCACUGCCGCUGCGCCUCUCAUCUCUAAACCAUUCUGGACUCUGGUAUAGGAACUAAUUCAUCGUCGAUUCGUCGUCUGCUCUUUGUCACUGUUUCUAAUUGUCGGUCGCUGGAGUUCGUUCACCACUUCUCAGAUUUCAGUGGCCCCUUUGGUUUCUCCCCAAGUUUUACGAAAGAAAGUAGGAGUUGUUUCUACCUGAUGAUUCAGUCACUGAAAAAAUCAAAUUAUGCUGCAAGUGCCAUGUAUAAAUUGAUAAUUAUGUCAACAAAAUUUGGAUCUGGGAGCUCUCCAACAACGACAAGUCAUGCUCCACAAGACUCGGAUGAUGAUGAGGUGGAGAUUAUAGAAAGCUCUGAUUUGAAUGUCCCUAAGCCACCAAAGUCAACAACAAAAAAAACAAAGGUCAGAUGUAUGAAAUCAUUUUAAAGUUGAAUUGGAUGGUUUUGGAACAAAGACAAUGCCAUUGCUUAUAUUGUGACCAUAAAUAUGAGUUACAAGUAAAUUUGGAACAGGAAACUUGCGUCGUCAUUUGGAUAAUUGUCCUAGAAAGAGAACAAAGGAUGUUGGCAUGAUUUUGUCUGAGAGAAUAUCAAAGUUUGACCUUAUGCAUUUCCGUCAGUUGUUGUGUAAUGCCAUUAUUGUUCACGAUUUGCCAUUUCGAUUUGUGGAGUAUGAUCAGUACCUUAAAUGGGAUAUUAACUUGUUUACUAGAAACACGUUGAAGGCUGAUGUCUUAAAGACGUAUGAAAGAGAAAAGGACCUGAUUAAGUCUAGUUUAAGUGCAAUACCCGGUUGGCUCUGUUUGACUUCUGAUUGUUGGAGUUCUAUUACUAGUGAUGGUUAUAUUUCUCUAAUCAUGUCACUUCAUUGAUGAUGAUUGGGUCUUACAAAAGUUGGUGUUGAAUUUCAGUUUGAUGCCAUCACCACAUACUGGCAUAGCAUUGUGUAACAAAUUAUUUUCUACGCUAUGUGAUUAGGGGAUUGAGAACAAAGUAUUUUCUUUGACAUUGGACAAUGCUACGGCGAAUGAUUGCUCAAUUGACUACUUGAUCACUCAAAUGAAUUUGAAUAAUUCACUUCUUAGUAAGGAUGAAUUCUUUCAUAUUCGUUGUUGUGCACAUAUAACCAAUUUGGUUGUCCAAGUUGGUUUAGAAGGCAUUUCACAGUAUGUGAUUAAGAUUCGUGAAAGUGUCAAGUAUGUGCGAAGUUCACAAACGAGAAAACAAAAGUUUUUGGAAUGUGUGAGCAAAGUUGGUUUGGAGAGUAAGAGAGGUUUGAGGCAAGACGUGAUUACUAGGUGGAAUUCAACAUUUUUGAUGCUUGAUAACGCAUUAUAUUAUAGGAAAGCUUUUAUGAAUCUGGUACUUUGUGAUCCUAGCUACAAGUUUUGUCAUUCUUCAACAGAAUGGAGUCAAAUUGAGAAGAUUUGUGGCUUCUUGAGCUUGUUUUAUGAUGUCUCCAACUUGUUUUCUGGAAGCAAGUAUCCUACAACAAAUUUAUAUUUUCGCCCGGUUGUCAUGUGUUAUAAUUCGUUGAGGCAGAGUAUAAAUAGUCCAGAUGAGUAUAUCAGGAAUAUGGCAGAAAAGAUGCUACCAAAAUUUGAGAAAUAUUAGUCGGAUUUCAGCAUGAUCUUGACUAUUGCUGUAGUGUUUGAUCCACGUUACAAGCUUCAGUUUGUGGAUUUCUUUUAUAAGAUGUUAUAUGGACCUGGUUCCCCUCAAUUUGAACUAGUGAAAGGGAAGUUGUUUGCCUUAUUUGAUGAAUAUUCCAAUUCUUACGUGGAUAACGGUAAUCAAGCUAGAAGUGGAAGUGCUACCGGUAACAAUGUGAAUUGUGACUUCACAAAUGCAGACUCAUUGGCAAUGGUGGAGGAGUUUAACUCUUUGGAUGUUGAGUUUAGAUUGAGCCAACAACAAUCACAGUUGGAGCUGUACAUGGAGGAAAAAAGAUUAGAUGUCAAAUCCAAUCUUGAUAUUCCUAAUUAUUGGAAAGGAACUCAAUUCAAGUAUCCACAAGUUGCUUGCAUGGCUCGUGAUAUUUUGAGCAUUCCGGUAACUACAGUUGCAUCUGAAUCUGUGUUUAGUGUUGGUGGAAGAGUUCUUGAUCAAUACUGUAGUUCACUCAAGCAGGACACAGUACAGGCGAUUAUAUGCACCCGAGAUUGGUUGUUUGGAAAAAAAGUCAUCAACAAUGAAAUACCAACAAAUGACUUAGCUGAAGACUUUUUAAAUGUCGAUGACGAAGCUCAAACUGGAAGUUCAACAGCCUCCACAUCCACCACUUUUGCUACUUCUUGAAAGCUUCAUAGGAAGAUCCUGAUGGAGUUUGUUGCUUGCUGCAUUGACUAAGAAUUUGGAAGAAAGAAUGAAGUAUUUUUUGUUGGAUUUUGUUACUAAGAAAUUAUUGAUGUUUUUAUGUUUGGAUCAGAUUUUAUAAUCAGCAAUUGGAUGUUUUUGGAUGUUUUUAAUAGGUUUAACCGUUAUCAGAUCGU